GGCGCAGCUCCAGCCCGGGGACAGGAGGCGGAGGCGCCGAGAGGGCGGAUCCGCGCGUCCUCUGAGCCAGCCUGAGCCGGAGCUGCAGCUCGCAGACUUCACCCACACAGGGCUCGCAACGAGCGUGUUCCCGGGAGCCUGAGACUCACGCUCCAGUCUGCAAACCGGAGAGGACUCUAGCUUAACCUUUCGGAAUAGCACUCGGGGCUUGGCGGCAUGAGUCCUGUGAAGCGCUGGGGCAGCCCUUGCCUUUUUCCCUUGCAGCUCUUUAGUCUCUGCUGGGUGCUCUCAGUGGCCCAGAGCAAGACAGUCCGAUACAGCACCUUCGAAGAGGAUGCCCCUGGCACGGUCAUCGGGACCCUUGCAGAGGACCUGCACAUGAAAGUGUCAGGAGACACAAGCUUCCGCCUGAUGAAGCAAUUCAACAGCUCUCUGCUCCGGGUGCGUGAGGGCGACGGGCAACUGACCGUCGGGGACACGGGCCUGGACCGUGAGCGUCUGUGCGGCCAGGCUCCACAGUGUGUGCUGGCCUUCGAUGUGGUCAGCUUCUCCCAGGAGCAGUUUCGACUGGUGCACGUGGAGGUGGAGGUGAGAGAUGUCAACGACCAUGCGCCCCGGUUUCCCCGAGCCCAGAUCCCGGUGGAGGUCUCCGAGAGUGCUCCCGUAGGCACGCGCAUCCCCCUGGAGGUGCCUGUAGAUGAGGACGUGGGUGCCAACGGGCUGCAGAGUGUUCGUCUGGCCGAGCCUCACAGCCCCUUCCGCGUGGAGCUACAGACGCGCGCGGAUGGUGCCCAGUGUGCAGACCUGGUGCUGCUCCAGGAGCUGGACCGCGAGAGUCAAGCUUCCUACAGCCUGGAGCUGGUGGCUCAGGACGGAGGGAGACCUCCACGUUCCGCCACAGCAGCACUCAAUGUGCGCGUGCUAGAUGCCAAUGAUCACAGCCCCGCCUUCCCGCAGGGUGCCGUGGCCGAGGUAGAAUUGGCCGAGGACGCACCUGUGGGAUCGCUGCUGCUGGACCUGGACGCUGCGGACCCCGACGAGGGUCCUAAUGGCGACGUAGUAUUCACCUUCGGCGCCCGCACCCCUCCCGAAGCCCGCCACCUCUUCCGGCUCGACCCGCGCUCUGGCCGCCUCACCUUGGCCGGGCAGGUGGACUAUGAGCGCCAAGACACAUACGAGCUGGACGUGCGGGCUCAAGACCGAGGCCCAGGGCCCCGGGCAGCCACCUGCAAGGUCAUCGUGCGAAUCCGAGACGUCAACGACAACGCUCCCGAUAUUUCUAUCACCCCUCUGGCCGCCCCGGGGGCUCCAGCCGCCUCGCCCUUCGCCGCCGCAGCCGCCGCCGCCGCACUCGGACCCCCGCCCGCGGUCGCCGCGGCCGAAGUGCCGGGCUCGGAGGGCGGCAGCGCCACUGGGGAAAGCGCCUGUCACUUCGAGGGGCAGCAACGGCUCCGAGGCGCGCACGCCGAGCCCUACGGUGCUUCUCCGGGCUUUGGGAAGGAGCCUGCGCCCCCUGUGGCGGUUUGGAAGGGCCAUUCAUUCAACACCAUCUCUGGCCGAGAAGCUGAGAAGUUCAGUGGCAAAGACAGCGGAAAAGGAGACAGUGAUUUCAAUGACAGUGACUCCGACAUCAGCGGGGACGCUUUGAAAAAGGACCUCAUCAACCACAUGCAGAGUGGACUGUGGGCGUGCACGGCUGAGUGCAAGAUCCUGGGCCAUUCUGAUCGCUGCUGGAGCCCAUCCUGUGCCGGACCCAAUGCACACCCCCCUCCUCACCCACCAGCCCAGAUGUCAACCUUCUGUAAGAGCACAUCCCUGCCUCGGGAUCCUCUGCGCAGGGACAAUUACUACCAAGCCCAGCUGCCCAAGACAGUGGGGCUGCAGAGCGUCUAUGAGAAAGUGUUGCAUAGAGACUACGACAGGACAGUCACUUUGCUCUCCCCUCCCCGUCCCGGGAGGCUCCCAGACCUGCAGGAGAUUGGAGUACCCCUCUAUGAGUCCCCUCCUGGUGGCAGAUAUGUGUCCCCGAAGAAGGGAGCCAAUGAAAAUGUGUAAUCUUAUGCUGCAUGUCUUCACACACAUAUACAGGUCACCCCGAGACGUCCCUAAGUUAUUGACCGGUUUCAGUGUUGUACAUAUAAAUAUGCAAGACGUGCCUUACAAUGAAGUUGUUGGAAGCUCUUUCCAAUCACAUUGGUACUGUUUGGUAUUUGCAAACAAGAAAUGUAGUUCAUGUAAUUUUUAUGAAAUGUGUGCAGUAUUUAAUUUUUCUUAUCAUGCUAUUCACUUUAAUUUCACGUGUGGCUUGCCAUUUUCUUAGUGUUUUUAACCUGUACAAUGUGUAAUGUAAUGUUUGUAUAUACUGAAAUUUUGUUAUAUUUUUAUAUAAUAAAAGCUAAGUGGAAGUUACUGCCAAAGGAUUGUCUGUAAGACAAAAAAAAAAAGACAUGUUGGAAUUGCUUAAUGGAAUUUUAUCUUUCACCAGAAACAACCUAAUGUUUAAGAAGUUUUUGCCUUGCCAAGUCUAACAACUUGUAGAUCUUGAGUCUGUGGUAGAUUUCAAGUUGAUGUUAUUUAAUUACAUUUGGUUCUCUGUAAGCCGUGUCCCUUAUAAGCACAGUAAUAAAGGGUUUGUCAUGUA